AUUGUUGUCCCUGAUUGAGAACCAUAUUUAGGUAGCCUGUUUUCCAUUGUGUUUUGUGGGUGGUUAUUUUAUGUUUAGUGUCCUGUUGCACCUUACUGGACUGUUUGUUGGUUGUUUAUUGUUUUGUUUUCAGUGUUCAUUAAAAUAUGAACACCUACCACGCUGCACCUUGGUCCUCCUCUCUAUCUCCAGACGACAACCGUUACAACACCAUCACCGUGAGUAGGGACAACCCUGGCAAAGUAUUGUUCAACUGGAACAGCCACGUCUCCCUAACCCUCCCCAGCUCCUACUCAGACCUCAUCGGAGGGCUCUGCGGAAACUGGAAUGGCCAACGGAACGACAAUCUCCUCAAACCAGACAGGAGCCCUGCUAACACUCCAACAGUAUUCGGGGACAGCUGGAAAGUGGGGAACGACCCUGGCUGCUCCAGCAACUGUGAUGGCAAGAAGUGCCCCACCUGUGACAACAGCCUGAUGCUUGAUUACCAAACAGGGAAAUAUUGUGGCAGGAUCACAGACAAAAACGGUCCGUUCAAGUACUGCCACGCCAAGGUGGACCCCAGAGAGUACUAUGAGGACUGUGUGUUUGAUAUGUGUAUGUACCGUGGCCAUGCCUCUGCCCUCUGUAACGCCCUCAGCACCUACACCACCGCCUGCCAGGAUGCCCCUGCCAAGGUGCAACAGUGGAGGUCGGACAGCUUCUGUCUGUCUUCCUGUAAGACCAACAGUCCCUAUGAGGUGUGUGCCUCAGGCUGUGUCAUAAGAAAGUUCCGGUGAAGGAGUAUGCCUCAGACUGCCUCUAUGAUGUGUGUCUGAAUGAGGGUUGACAGGAAGUGUUGUGUGAGACCUUGGCUAACUACGUGGCCAAAUGUCAGCAGGUUGGGGCUGUUGUCUCACCGCUGUGGAGAAAGGCCUCCAACUGCCCCCUGGCUUGCCCAUACCACAGCCACUAUGAGCUAUGUGGCACUGCCUGCCCUGCUACCUGUGCCAUUCCCAAUGUCCUCGAGAUCUGUUCCAAAGUCUGUGUGGAGGGCUGCCAGUGCAACAAGGGUUACGUAACUUAGUGGUGAACAAUGUGUCAUCAAGGAGUCAGUGUGUGGCUGAAUGAAAAACUCAACAAAUAUGUAAAGUUUGGAGGCAAGAGCAUUUUACUUUUCAAAUAAACUCUCAUGGCUCCAAAAUAUCAUUUAAAAACGUGUCCAGGUUGUAGGCUAGAGCAUUUCGACAUAAAAUCGUACCUUAAAAUGACCUUCUGUAUGUGAUAACAUAUUAAGUCACUCUGGAUAAGAGCGUCUGCUAAAUGACUUAAAUGUAAAAUGUAAUAAUGUUGUGAGGGAUUAUGAGUAUUCAUGCAUGGAAUGGCUAUUGAACUCUGUAUUCAUUAUAAUCCCAGAAUUGUGUAUAACUAAAACUCAGAUCAUCUCUGUAUGUGUGUAUAUCUCUGUCUAUCCUUUACAACUUUCAAAAGUUUUGAUUUAAUCAGAUAACUCAACCUCUCAAGUAAUUAAUUCAAACAAAACUGUUGAGUGUUUUAAUCUUGAAGUAUAUGCCAUAUUACAGGGGGCAAAAAAGUAUUUAGUCAGCCACAAGUUCUCCCACUUAAAGAUGAGAGAGGCCUGUAAUUUUCAUCAUAGGUACACUUCAACUAUGACAGACAAAAUGAGAAGGAAAAAAAAUCCAGA